AUGUUGGACCCCAAAUGGGACAGAAAGCGGACUCGAGAAUUUAUAGAAUCAGAUUUUUCAGAAAGUAAGAGAAGCAAAAAAGGAGAUAAAAACGGGAAGGGUCUGAGGCAUUUUUCAAUGAAAGUCUGUGAAAAAGUUCAACGUAAAGGAACAACGUCAUACAAUGAAGUUGCUGAUGAGCUGGUAUCAGAAUUCACAAAUUCUAACAGCCACCUGUCUACGGACUCGGCUUAUGAUCAGAAAAACAUUAGACGGAGAGUUUACGAUGCCCUUAAUGUCCUGAUGGCAAUGAACAUAAUUUCAAAGGAGAAGAAGGAAAUCAGAUGGAUCGGCCUUCCUACCAACUCAGCUCAGGAAUGUCAGAAUCUAGAGAUAGAAAAACAGAAGAGGAUUGAAAGGAUAAAACAGAAGCGAGCCCAACUUCAAGAACUGCUGCUGCAGCAAAUAGCAUUCAAAAACUUGGUCCAAAGAAAUCAGCAAAACGAACAACAAAAUCAAGGCCCUCCAGCUUUGAACUCAACCAUACAGCUGCCUUUCUUAAUAGUCAACACGAGCAAAAGAACAGUUAUAGACUGCAGCAUAUCAAGUGAUAAAUUUGAAUACCUCUUUAAUUUUGAUAACACUUUUGAGAUUCAUGACGACAGCGAAGUGCUGAAGAGAAUGGGAAUGUCCUUUGGGCUUGAGGCAGGCAAAUGCUCAGCUGAGGACCUAAGAGCUGCAAAAUCACUGGUGCCAAAAGCUUUAGAAGGCUACAUCACAGAUAUGUCUGCAGGAUUUUCAUGGAUAAACAAAGGGUUACUUUCAAGUUCAGCACAAGCAGUUUCACAUUUAGAGGUAGCAGGAGGCACUUCUGAUGCUAAAUCAAGUGAGAACCCAGGGUUGUGUUUGGAUGCUGAAGUGGCCUUAGCAACCGGGCAGUUUCUUGCCCCUAGCAGUCAACAGUCCAGCAGUGCAACAUCACGCUACUCUGAGUCACGGGGAGAAACUCCAUGCUCAUUCAAUGAUGAAGAUGAAGAGGAUGAAGAUGAGGAUUCUUCCUCCCCAGAAUAAGGACAGUAGAAAAUGGAAUAUACAAAAUGCUGCUCAAAUAUUCUUAAUGGGAGCUCCUGUUUGGAUUUUACUUAAGUUCCUUGCCUUGGUUUGCACUGUGUUCAGUGAAGCAAAAUGGAAGCUUCAAAACAAUUUCAUCCACAGCUGAAAUUGAAAAGUUUUUGUAACUGAACACAGAGUGACAUGCGGACACAGAGCAAAGUGGGUUUUAUCAACUAUAGCCACAGAAAAGAACAAAGUCCCUGGAGAUUUGGCAAAGUAAACAUCAAGUUCACAUUUUCCACUUUGGGACAUUCUGUCUUGUCUCUGUCUUCCCCUUAUCUUUACCAGAUGG